AUGGCGUCGGCUUGGACUAUGGCGGACCGCGAUGGCUACCUGGACCAGAGCCAAAAUCAUAAUCAAAGAGACCUCUACACCCAACUCGCCAUCUCCGUUGCUCUCGGGUUCUUCGCCUUUCUCGCCUUUUGUUUCUUGAGACCAAGAUGGACAUCUCUCUAUGCUGCGCGCAAGAAGCAGAAGAAUGCAGCCUCCACACUCCCAGAGCUCCCAGACACCUUCUUUGGAUGGGUCCCAGCUCUUUAUCGAAUUACCGAAGAUCAAGUACUUGCUUCGGCCGGUCUUGAUGCUUUCGUAUUUCUUCACUUCUUCAAGAUGGCCACCAAGUAUAUAACAAUCACCCUCUUCUUCUCACUCGUCGUCCUAUUACCAAUACAUGUACACGACACUGGCGACUAUGGCCUGCCUGAAUCAGGGAAUCUUGGAAAUCACACAGCCAACAGGACCAUUACCUUCGGGGCCUAUGGCAAUGUGUCUCCAUUGCUGGAGAUAGCAGGAUCUGGGAAGGCUACGAAGGGCGAGGAUAAGCCGACUGACUUGAUGCUCUGGAUCUACGUGGUCUUCGUAUAUCUUUUUUCUGCCCUUGCCCUAUAUCUCAUUACCACAGAGACCAAAAAAGUCAUUCGCAUCCGCCAGGACUACCUUGGCAGCCAAUCCACGGUCACAGAUAGGACCAUCAGGCUCUCUGGUAUACCCGAAGAACUACGCUCGGAGGAGAUGAUCAAGGAAGCGAUUGAAAAUCUCCAAAUUGGUAAAGUGGAAAGCGUCUUAUUAUGCAAGGACUGGAAAGAGCUGGACGAUCUUGUCACGCGCAGAAUGAGCAUCUUGCGGAAGCUCGAAGAGGCAUGGACUGUACAUUCGGGACGACCAAAACAUGGGGGCAACAGGGCCCUACUCCAAGCCUCUGGAGGAAACACAGACCACGUCGAUGAGUCUCAUCAUCUUCUCGAUGGUGACAAUGACGACCAGCCUCACGUGGAUACGGCUACAUCAGAUCGUCCGAAGACACGGAUAUGGCACGGAUUCCUGGGUCUACAAAGUCGACGUAUCGAUGCUAUUGAUUACUAUGAGGAGAAGCUCCAUAAGCUAGACGAGAAAAUCCAGUCAUCUCGCAAGAAGGUCUACAAACCCACUCCACUGGCCUUUGUCACACUAGACUCGACUGCUGCAGCACAAAUGGCUGUACAAGCUACGAUGGAUCCCGAGCCAAUGAAAUUGCUUGCUAGAGUUGCCCCAGCACCAUCGGACGUGGUAUGGCAUAACACGUAUCUUUCAAGAUCCAGUAGGAUGCUCAGGGCAUGGUCUAUCACCUUGGUGAUUGCUAUCCUCACAGUCUUCUGGUCUUUACUUUUGGUCCCUCUUGCUGGACUGCUAAGCCUCGAAAACAUUGGCAAGGUCUGGCCACAGCUCGCGGAUGCCCUCUCCAGCCAUGACAUUAGCAGAUCCUUGGUCCAACAAGGUCUUCCUACACUACUUAUCUCCCUCCUAAGUGUGGCUGUACCGUAUCUUUACUACUGGCUGUCAACGCUACAAGGCAUGAUGUCGCAAGGUGACGUCGAAAUGUCGCUGAUAUCCAAAAACUUCUUUUUCACCUUUUUCAACCUUUUCGUCGUCUUCACCAUCUUUGGGACGGCGUCAAAUGCUCAGGCAUACUUCAGCCGCAUCGGAGAUUCUCUCAGAGACACCACAAGCAUCGCGUUUAUCCUGGCCACUUCCUUGAAGAACCUCGUCCUGUUUUACAUCAAUCUGAUCAUCCUUCAAGGGCUUGGGCUGUUCCCCUUCCGAUUGCUCGAGUUUGGCAGUGUCGCAAUGUAUCCGAUCUUUUUGAUAGGUGCUAAAACCCCUCGAGAUUACGCAGAAUUGGUCCAGCCGCCUGUCUUUAGCUAUGGCUUCUAUCUUCCCCAGACCAUACUCAUAUUCAUCAUUUGCAUCGUGUACAGCGUCCUGCCCGGCUCCUGGCUGGUCCAAUUAUUUGGCCUGCUUUAUUUCAUCAUCGGAACUUUCAUCUACAAAUACCAGCUCCUCUACGCGAUGGAUCACCGUCAGCACUCGACCGGUCGAGCAUGGUCUAUCAUUUGCAAUCGCAUCGUACUGGGCCUUGUCGUCUUUCAGCUUGCGAUGACUGGUAUUCUGGGUUUAAGUCUGGCAGUGUACCGCGCCAUCUUGAUCGUCCCUCUGCUCGCAUUCACAAUUUGGUUCAUGGUCUUCUACCAACGCACCUAUGACCCAUUGAUGAAAUUUAUCGCUAUCCGCAGUCUCACUCAUGACCCGCCUUUCGGAGCGUUGGCCCACGGCGAGUCAAGGUACGAGAGUGAGACCUCGAGGGGUCGCGAUGUCGAUGAGGACCGGGAGACAGGCCUGCGCUACAUCAAUCCUAGCUUGGUCACCCCCUUAGAGGAUGUCUGGCUUGCAAAGAAGCCGACGAAUGGUUCGUCUCGGCAUGGUAAUCAUGGUGCCGAAGAGGAUAUCCUCCUCUCAUGCGGGGUCGCCGGCCUUGACCCUGAACAAGCAGAUUGUUUGGACUCCACUUCAGCCGCUCCACUGGUCACUAUCCUAGAAAACGCAUCUGUUCAUAUCCUCUACGUCGGACCUUCCUCUGCACCUGAAGUUACCCGAUUGAUUGGAGACUGUCCGACUCGCUUCGGAAUGGGUCCCUUGGAGCUGGACUCUGCUACGAAGCCUGGAGCUCUUGCUGCCUCAAAUGACGUCAAUGCACCUCUCAGACCUAAAGCCUCUCCUCGUUCGACGCCCUCCAAUUCCGUCCGCAGCAGCUUUUCAUUCCAGGUUGCAUCCGAGCAAUCAGAGUCAGCCAUACCGUCAAGUGAAGAGGGGAGCCCCAUUAGAGGCCGCACGCUCGUUCGGGUCCCUGCGCAUGAACGCCUUGAGCCUCGAGCCAUGACUCGACUUCAAGCAGGCACAAAUUUUGAUGAUCUUGACAUUACAAUGCGUCAGCGAUUUCUGAGCCGAGAUUUUUCCGAGGAACCCGAAGCCAUCGACGGCUGUUACAUGGAGCCCUUACCAUUUGAGAGGUUCCGUUUAUCUCUCUCGGAAGAGCUAAACAAAGCCGCAACCUUCAGUAGCUCAAUCGACUUGACCAACUUCGGAGGUCAUCGCGAUACAUUCGCUGUACUUGGUCUUCGCCGCAAGCAAAACCGAGGGCCUGAGCUCCCGGCGACCUUCUUUCAGCGACUCUUGAACUACAUUCACUUCGAAGAAUACCUGGCUGUUCGCCUUUCAUGCCGCUGCUGGUCAGCCGGUAUCACUCUCGCUCGUCCUGUCGUCAUGCCGUCUGUCUACAAACUUCCUGCCGAAACUCUUGAGAGAGUCUACGUCUACCUCUCUCCUGUGGAUCUGAAUGCCGCUAGGCACACAUGUAGAGCUUGGAUGAUCGGCAGUCUGGAAGAGAGGCUGCUAACAAGGGUGCUGAAGGAGGGUGGCUGGUGGAGGGCCGGAAAGGCUGACAUGAAUGUGCGUGAAGGGUUGAACGGGCAUAGAACUGCCGACAGCAUCAAUGAGGAAUGGAUCUUAAGCAAGCGGUUGGCUACCGAGUGCUCUCUACGACCAGGUUGGACCGGCAACGGGCUCUCGGGAAAUCUGUGGUCAUCGUCGGGCAGACAAUCUAAUCAUACUGGUGUUGCCCUCACAUCCGAGACUGACUUUUCUGAACUGAGCACCGGCUAUAACCCUUCUCGUAUAGGAAACUGUCAACACGGAUCAGCGGUUCACUUUACAGUCAGCGUCUGCUGCAAAUUUCUUCUGGUUACUGAAGGCUGCCUGAUCUACAUCUACUCUCUGCGUGAUAAUACCUCGGGCCCACACCCUCAUGGAGGCCAUCUUUCACCUGUGACCACCGUCCUCUGCCCUCACCGCGUUCUGGCUGUAAGCAUGGACACGUCCGCUCAGCGCUUUGCCGUCGCAGCUCUCCUUGAGGGUCGGGUAGGCCUAGUCUGCGACCUCCACGAGAACACCCGGUUGCCAUCACGGAAACGAUCCAAUCCGCAGGUCUCGUCGGCUGUCACGCGUGACUGCAAGACCUCUAUCUACAGUUCUGUCUCCUCUGGUGAGCCUGGCGUUACCGAAGCUACUCCACCCAAUGAGCACGCUUCCUUUCAAGCAAGUCCCAAUGACCGUGCCUUGGCUCGAGCGAUUGCAGAAGCAAGUCACCCCGAAGUCCACGGCGCCCGCGACAUCCACACGUCUUGGAGAAUGGAUGACCCUCUUGUUUCGCCUGAGCCUGGACAUUCCCGACUCUCUCUUUCCUCCACCACGGGCUACAUACCUCUCGAGACCGGUAUACGUUCCAUCUAUCGCAACCUCUGCUCCGCCGAAGACCCGCCUAGAAGCGUAGCAAUCUGCCCACAGCGCCGCUGCGUUGCCUUCGGCUGCUCCGCGGGAAUUGAACUUCACUGGAUUGAUGCACUGACGGGGCAGGAUCUUAAUCGCUGGUUCCCACUCACUGCGCCGAGCGACUGCUUGUACUUCCUUCCGCCCAGGCCGGGCGUGGAUUCAACGAAGAAGCUAAGGCUGAUCAGCAGUGCUAGUCAUCCCGAGGAAAAGGAAGGACUUGGGGCCAGAUACUUUCCCGGUACGAGCACUAGUACCGCUAGACAUGAGGGUGUGACUUAUGACGAAGGGUUGUUUGACCCUAGUAGUUCGGACAAUGCCUUCAGGGGUUCCGCAGGGUGCGAUCAUUAUCGCGCUGUGCCCAUUAGUGAUGGUUGGAAUGUCUUGUUUACUGAUCCCGUAGAGGGAAACCUGUGUUUGGGCACGGAUGCACCGCUUGGAUCCGGAGCUACGAAGCUUAUCAGGAGGUUCGUCUUCAAGGGACCAAGCGAAAUUGGGAAGGCUGUAGUGCCCAGGGUCUACGCAGCUGGUGGUGAGUUGCAGUGGGGUGUCAGAGUUGUGGUUGGGUAUGGAGAAGCUAUUUGGCUAUUUGUUGUGCCACCUGAUAUUUUCUUUGGUCAUCAAGACAAGACAGCUGAAAGGCAAGAUGGGCAAGAUGCCAACGCAAUUGGAGAGCCAAUGAGGAUCGAAGGCGUCAAGAUCGGUAACAUGCAGGGGCUCGUUGACCUUGCGGUCGAUGCAUCCGGUGGAAUCCUAACCAUCUGGACUUUCGCCGUCAACGGCAUGGCAUAUGUUUGGCAGAUUGCCGGCCGGCAACAGUCUGUAGAGAAAAGGAUCGUACUCAAAGACGGCGCGGUCACAGCCCUGGAAGACGCAGAUGGCGACACCUAUAUGCUCAACACCUCCAAGGCAGCCGUGCACUUUGAUGGCGCCGCACCCUUACGCCCGACGCGUACCGGCGCCACGUGCCUUCACCCUUCCUUGCAAUCAUCCAUCCACAAUUUCCUCCACGGCCUCCACGACCGUAUUUUCGACCGCGAUCGUGACAUCGACCAUGACGGCGACAUCAAAAUGCCCGAUGCUGACGCUGAGGAAGACGAGGGCUACGCUUCAGGUCACGACGAACUGGCGCAGGCCGGCGGUGCUUUUGCAAUCCAUGUCCCCCCGCUUUGGGGUAGAUGGAGCGAGGAGGAUGCGGAUUGGGUGCCUGAUUAUUUGGCGCAGAGGGGAGGGGAGAUUGAGGAUGAGGGGUUAGGCAUCGAUGUGUUGGAGUUGACGAGGCUGGAGGUUGAGAUCUUGAGUGCAUAG